AUGGGGCCCUGCAUUCUUUUGCUCCUGUGUGUUCUCGGCCUCAGCAGGGCAACCAUACCGAAGAUUGUCAAUGGCACCGAGUGUCAGCGUAACUCACAGCCUUGGCAGGUGGGGCUGUUUGAGGGUACCAACCUGCGCUGUGGGGGUGUCCUCAUUGACCGCAGGUGGGUCCUCACAGCUGCUCACUGCAGCGGCAGCAGGUACUGGGUGCGCCUGGGGGAGCACAGCCUCCGCCAUCUGGACUGGACGGAGCAGAUCCGACGCAGCCGCUUCUCGGUGACCCACCCCGGCUACCAGGGAGCCCGGCGGAACCAUGACCACGACCUCCGGCUUCUGCGGCUGGGCCUGCCCGUCCGCUUGACCCGCAGCGUCCAGCCUCUGCCGCUGCCCAGCACAUGUGCCACCACCGGCACCCAGUGCCACAUCUCGGGUUGGGGCACCACCAACCGACCAUGGAAUCCGUUCCCAGACCUGCUCCAGUGCCUCAACCUCUCCAUCAUCUCUGAUGCGGCCUGCCAUGCCGUGUACCCCGGAAGGAUCACGGAAAACAUGGUGUGCGCCGGUGGCGUGGCCGGGGAGGAUGCCUGCCAGGGUGACUCUGGCGGCCCCUUGGUGUGUGGGGGAGUCCUUCAGGGUCUGGUGUCCUGGGGGUCCGUGGGGCCUUGUGGACAAAAGGACAUCCCAGGAGUCUACACCAAUGUUUGCAAGUAUGUGGACUGGAUCCAGAUGUCUGCCGCAGCGCGCCGCCGGCCCCCAGAGCCCCAGCCCCAGAGCCCAGGAACCUGGGGCCUGCCCUUCUCCCCUCAGGGCCAUGAGGAUUCUGCGAUUAAUCACCCUUGCUCUGGUGACAGCCGCUACAUCGUCCACCUGGGGGAGCACAACCUCCAGCGGCGAGAUGGCUGCGAGCAGGUCCGGACGGCCACCGAGUCCUUCCCCCACCCCGGCUUCAACAACAGCCUCCCCAACAAGGACCACCGCAAUGACAUCAUGCUGGUGAAGAUGGUGGCGCCGGCCUUCGUCACCUGGGCCGUGCGCCCCCUCACCGUGUCCUCCCGCUGCGUCACCGCGGGCACCCGCUGCGUCAUCUCCGGCUGGGGCAGCACGUCCAGCCCCCAGUUACACCUGCCCCACACCUUGCGAUGUGCCAACAUCUCCAUCAUCGAGCACAGGGAGUGUGAGAAUGCCUACCCUGGCAAUGUCACAGACACCAUGGUGUGCGCCAGCGUUCAGGAAGAGGGCAAGGACUCCUGCCAGGGGGACUCCGGGGGCCCUUUGGUCUGCAAUGGGUCUCUUCAAGGCAUCAUCUCCUGGGGCCAGGACCCAUGUGCUGUCACCAGAAAGCCCGGUGUUUACACAAAAGUCUGCAAAUAUGUGGACUGGAUCCAGGAGACUAUGAAGAGCAAUUAGCCAGGACCCACACACCACGGCCCACAAGCUUCUAUCUCAGCUCAGUGACCAGUUCCUGAUCAUUUCGCUGGCAAGAUGUAACCAGGGCCUCUUGAACUUCCUUUGGGCUUCCCUGACGCUCCAUAAUCAACUUGGAAAUUUGAACUCAAUGACACCUGCAUUCAAAUUCCAGAUCGGACUCACCCUAUCUCUGGAAAUGAAAUUGCUGUGUCUCUGUUAUGUCCCCAGCCUCA